AUGAAGGACUCCAACUGUGAGAGCCCUCUCAUGGAUGCAUACUGCCAGGAAGUCCGAAAACUAGAAGGAAAGUUCCCGGGUUUGGAAAACCCCGACGCGGAUGCUCUUGCAAAGAUGGCCGCCGAGCGCAAGCCGGUCCCUAGUGGUGUUUUUGUCAAUGACCCGAACAUGCCAUUGCUGCGAGAGAAGCCGCCAACUAUGGACAAGACCCUCACGGAGAAAACAGAGCAUGCACCCCCCGACCGGGCUCUCGAGGGACCACAAUGCCCGGCCGCCGGUCAGCCCGACCCCAACCAAGCAAAUGACACGGACUGGAGAGCCGACCUGCUGGCUUAUCUCCUCCAGGAAGUCCUCCCCGAGGACCGAACACAGCUCGCCGGAUAG